CCAUUUACUGCAUUCAAACAUUCAAACAAAAUUGGACGUUGCUCGUGGGUUUUCGUUCGUGUUGCGUUGCGCUGUUGUCCACAAGGAAGAACGGUCUAUUUUUUUUGCGCCUAGCUGAUAAUUGUUGCUGUGCAACCGAUCACUAAUUUGGUGCCCUCCAUUGUUAACGCCCCCCGCAAAAAACCGAAAUUGCAAAAUAAUCGCAAAAAAAAAACAAUAAAGGAGAGUGAAGACCAACAAGUGCGCUCACACACACACCGCACACAGUGAAACAAUUGCGAAUGCUUUUUUGCACCAAUUGAAAGUGAAUUGCAAGUGAAAAUAGACUCAAAGUGGAACAAUUCAGCAAAUUGUUGCACACGAAAAUAACAAAACAGCUGUUCCCGUUUUUUUUGUUAUUUGUUUUUGUUCUUGCUGUCGCCGCCGCUGCGUGGGAGAGCAAAAGGAGUGAGCGAGAGAGAGAGGGACGAAGGAGAUAGCGGUAACCGCUGCAACUGCAUUUGGGAGAGAGCGCGAGAGCGAGAGAGAGCGACAUCAUGACCGACCUCAACGAAUUAAUGGGCUCCCCUUUUGUGCGAGUGAAGCUGGUGGCCUUUGUGCACUUCUUCUUCAUCUCGAAUGCCAUGCUGGGCACCUGGGGCCACGGGGCGUAUGAGUUCUACAACUUCCUAUUCCUGAUCGCCAUGUUCUGGACGAUGCACAGCAAGGACUCCAUCGAAGCGGUCCAAACGGCGCUCGUCAUCAACGCUUCUAGCAUUUUCUUUGAUAUAGUCAGCAUUGCUAUUCAUUACGGUAUCAUGAAUGGAUGGGCCGUGGCGUUCAGCAUCAUCAACCUGAUCCUGCGGCCGGUGAGCGUGGCCCUGCUCUAUCGGGAGUUCAACACCAGGGGCGGCACCCUGCAGACGGGCUCGGUCUUCCCAACCAGCCAGCAGCGGAGCUACCAGGAUAUCGACCGGCCCACCCAGCCCACUCCGACCAACUCGCAGCCCGGCCCCAAUGUGGCCAGCAUCUUCUAGGCUCUCCAAGACUCGAAGACCCUUCCAAGUACCUAGACCCAUUACCAUCAGCAAAGACAACCCAGAAAUGUAGAAAGACUCCACUAGUCAGUGUCGCUGCCUGCUAAAAACUACAAAAUUCCCCGUGAUCGCGAAUCAAAAUUUUAUAUAUAUUAUACAUAUAUUUCUCCCCCUUUUUUUUUUUGAUCGUCGAACGUUGUUUUGUUUUUGUGCAAUAUUGUGAGAGAGACAACGAUUAAGGUUAAGCAUUGUAGUUAAAUAUGGAAUCGGAACUUUAUAAAUCAAAAUGUGUGCGUGUUUUCCUUGUCCCAUAUGUAUACAUACAAAUUUUUUUUACGUUGGUAACGAAUAAAGACGGCUAAUCAAAUAAAUGAUACAUAUAUAUAUAUAUUUAUAUUUAUAUUCGUAUUUGUAUAACAAAGAUUGCAAGAUUCUACAUUAUACUUAUCCUAGAUAACGUUAACGCUAAAUGUAAACCGUAAACUGUAAACCCAACAGAAUAUUCGAUAAAUAAAAAGCGGGCGUCAUCAUUUGUAAAA